CUCGCCCUUCUGGGAAGCAGCUGCAGAGCACAGCCCGAUUCAACCUUUGCACAACAUUUCUCCAUUUUUACGGUGAAAGGAGAAAGAAGAUGUAGACGUUGACAGACGGAACCACAGACAGACACACAGACAGACAGCGACAGGUGAACUGGCUGAAGCUACCGGGGCCGACGCAGACAGGUGAGCAGAGCGGGAAAAGUGUGGCUGAUAUUUCCACUCACUCGUUGGAUGAUACAGCUUCUGCCACCACCGUUCACUUGUUACUGAGCCCGUCACUCAACGUGGCCACCUAGUGGAGCUGUGAGGGUCAAUCACCCUCCUGGUCAACAGAGAUAUUCCACUAACUCCCUCAUCUGGGGAGGUUCCUGCUCUGCAACAUCUCCCUCGCGUCACUCUCAUUUUUUUAUUUUUACCUGCUGAGGACAAUACAACACUGAGCAGAGUUUGACUUUACCAGACCUUGGUAGAUGAAACAUUUAAAACCUCUGUUGGAUCUUAUAUAAAGUGGAGUUCUUCCCCAGCGGGUCACAUACACCGUCCUGUCCCCUGACAUACAUGCAUGUGUGAUAUACUCCCGUCAUCCAUGGCUUCACACUGGAGUUGAUGGUGCCCAGAGCAGGAAACAGGUCUCAUCCAAAAGGAAGCAAAUCGAGCCCCGGAGGACGAGUCACUCUUGUCCAAUAAGAGCAAAGCCAGAUGGAACUAUCAUUGAAUGCCACAUUCUCUACACCGACACCAACCACAGCAUUCAAUGAAACAACACCGACAGACAAAUACACCAAUCACAACUGGGAGUUCCUGGCGGCCGUCCUGGUCACAGCCAUCGGUAUCUCCAUCGUCAUCGCCCUCCUGGCUAAAUGUACCGUGGUCCGGCGUUACCUGGCCAGCUACCGGCACACACGGCUGAGGGAGGCGGACACCGUCAGCCAGAUAGAUGCCUCAGGCCUUGACGUUGGGUUCAGGAUGCAGAGUGGCCAUGGAGUGAACCCUCACUGUGUCCCUCACGUGGGCGAGGAGGACGACGACGGCUUCAUCGAGGACAACUACAUCCCGGCCAGCGAGCGAGCGAGGGCGGAGAGAGCGGCGGAGAUCAUGCAGGACAGCGAGGAGGAGAUGGACGAGAUUGAAUUCACCAUCGCUUAGUGUCGAGUGUCUCCACUCAGCUGAACCACUAAAUCCACUCCCACCUUUUUCUUUGGUUUGUGUUUAUUUCUGUGAGAUUCAAAUUGUCAGUCACAAAAGGGGCACAUUUUUAACCCUGGUUAAGUUUUGUAAAAAGUAAAAACCUGGGCUUGCGUGCUUCUGAAUUUGAAGGAAGCGCAGAAAGAAGUGCACUAGUUCUCAACGUGUGGUCUAAUGACGAGUCACUGUGGUCAUGUUUUAUCUUUCAGCAAAGCGACGACAGUUACAGUAAAUUAUUUGUUACUUAUUUAUUAGUGAUAAUCAAAGGGAUCAACUCUAAAGGUUUAAAAAGAAAAGAGAUUAACAGGUCUUCUCAUAGAGUGGAUAUAAAGAUGGACGACGUGGCGACUCCCCAAAAGUGAAGCCAGUGUGCUGUUGGCGCCCUCUGGUGGCUGGCUGCAGGAUAGGUCAUAAACCAGCCUCCUCCGUGUUAGUGGAUGGGACGUGGGCCAAACUAAUGGUUUCGUCAAUUUACGGAAGUUCUUCUCACAUUGAUGUUUGUGAUGAUGAAUACAAGGAAUAUUUUGGCUUAGUUUCUGGACUGUGGGAGGAAGUGGAGAAGCGUUGUCCAUCUUUACAUGCAGCCUAUGGGUUAUCUGUGUAUAUAUAUUAACCAAUCACGUGUGUCUCUUGACAGUUAUCGAUUGGUUGAUUGAUUUUCUGAAGCUGUAUCACAAGUCGGGUACAUUAUCGUGGACAGAAGAUCUCAGCUGUGGAGAGGAACAUUUCACUUUGCACUCUCAUGUUUCAUCAGGGAUAAAUAAGCAAAUGUGUGUUAAACAUGAAUUGAUUGAAAAGACGUUUUAAUUGCUCAAACUUGAGGAACUCUGACUGGCGAAUAAACUAUGAUGCUUUUCAAAAA